UGUUUUAUGUGAUGUUUAAGAAACAUUCUAUGUACGACUUACUGAGUAAACAUUUUUGAGUUUCACAUGUCGGCUGGAGCCGAGCUGUUUUGCUACAGAGCAUUAUGUCGUUUUGUGUGAAGUGUGCAGUGCCAUAGUGUAAGUGAAUGUUUAUCGCAUUGUAUAUGUAUCUUUCCAGAGUUUUGAGUGAAAUUCUAGUAUGCAUAAGCUUGCAUUUUCAUGAUAGUUGAGUAUUUCUCUCCAAUGUCUAUCGGCCGACAUGACCUACUUUCUGCAUAGUGCGCAGAUUCAUAUUUAGCAUAGCAUGCAAUUGUUUCAUUGUAUAAGCAUACAAUAUAAGUCUGUAUUUUAUCAUACAGUAUAAGUUCUUGGCAGAUUUACGAUGUAUAAGUAAAUGUAAAUGUUGUAAUUUUGGAAGGUUUUGCAAAACACGUGGUUGCUGAUGAAACUUAAAUCUAUGGAAAGCAGUUCUAGUCAAUAAUACAUUUGUAUACGGAAAUGUAUGGAGUCGCAUUAUUGUCAUAGUUAUUAUGUUUGUAAAUGUAUGUGUAUUGUAACAACAAUUCAUUUGUCUUUUGUAGCUUUUUACUAAUAAAGUAUGGAGACAAGUAUGCAUUCUUAAUCCAGAACAGUAAAAAGACUGGCUCUACAAGCACACAUGGCAACCAUGAAUCCAACAGAAGAGGACACAAGUGGUCGUCCCAGAAGGAAGAUCGUUUUGACAGAGACAGGAAGAGCUCUCUUCGAACAGUCUGUUUCAAAAUUUUGGACAAAACUGAGAACUGUGCGUAGGAAGUUAGAAGCAGAGAUGAAAGAAAUGGCUACAGACUCUAAGGAAUCUUACCAUCUGCAACGAGAUAGACUGAUCAACCUCGCUAAAGAGUACUGCGGAGUUCAGGAAGAAUUGUUGGCCUUUCUGGAACGCUCUAAUACAAAGGAGAGUGAGAGAGAGAAAGCAUCACAGAACGUAGUGACAGACUUACUCAUGGACAAAGUUAGUGAGUUUGUGCGCGGGCUAGACUCAGAAAUGUUGUCCUUUGUGAUGAGUCCCAAGCCUGUGACAAUGAGGAGCCCCAAUCCUGUCCAAGUGAAGACUCCGAAGCCUAUACAGGUAAAGGCGGAGCCUCGGGAUUCCCCAAAGCCUGCGGAACAUGAAGACAGAAAGUCUAUUCGAUCAAGGAGAAGCGCUGGGUCUCAUCGAUCUGCUGCCUCUUCCAUCUCCUUGGCGCAGCAGCGUCUUGAAGCGGAGGAGACCAAGGCUAAACUGCAGUACGCACGGAAGGAAGCCAAACUACGUAAAGAGCAGGCAUCUAUUCAAGUGGACCUGGAAGUCCUUGACGCCGAAAGAGAUGCUGCUGUGGCAGAAGCGAAGCUACGUGCUCUUGAGAGCAUGGAACCGGACUACAUUUCUGUUUCCUCCGAAUCAGUGGCCGAACCUGUCGUAGAAGUCGAGGAUCCGAUUGAACGGGCAAGAAACUUUGUCGAAGGGAUUAGUCUACAGCCAGUAGAGACAACCUUAAAGGAACCUCUGACAGAAAUGUUGAACGAGGAAUCCCAUAAAGCAACAGAGAAACUUAACAGCGAGUCAGUCAACCCAGUUCCGAGAAUAUCUACACCUGUUCCCAAGGGAUUGGAAUCAUCCAAGAACACAGUGUUUGAUAUUUCAAGCUUUCUACUUAAGAAAGAACUCAUGAUCAAUAAGCUGGUCAAUUUUGACGAUAAACCUGAGAACUUUGUACCCUGGAAGACCAGUUUUAAGUCAGUUAUUCAGGAGGCAUCAGUUUCGCCCUCAGAAGAACUCGAUCUCCUCAUCAGAUGGUUGGGCCCUAGCUCCAAGGAACACGCUAAAAGCAUCCGAGCAGCAUCAAUAGGAAAUCCUACACAAGGCUGUGAGACCUUAUGGACUAGACUGGAGGAAAGAUACGGCUCACCUGAACUGAUCGAAACAGCAAUUAAGACCAAGCUUGCGAAUUUCCACCGACUCAGUGCGAACGAACCAAGACGGUUGUAUGAACUUUCAGAUAUUUUGAGCGAAACACUGGCGUUAAAGGAAAAUCCAAAAUACAAUCAACAAUUCAGUUAUUUUGACUCAUCAGUAGGAGUGCUUCCCAUUGUUCAGAAGUUAACAUCUGGUUUGCAGAAUAAGUGGACUUCUAAAGCCUCGAAGUACAAACAGACUCAUGGAGUUACUUACCCUCCAUUUACUAUAUUCUGUGAAUUUGUGAAGGAAAUGUCAACCAUGAUGAAUGACCCUGGCUUACAAGUGACUCAGGCUUUUGUCAAAGAGACACCAAGAUACAACCAGCAGAACUUCAAACCUGCAAAAUCAGUGAAUGUCAAGAAGACUGAUUUUAAAGACUCAGGAACAGACUUUAAGACCACAGGGAAGAGAUGCCCUAUCCACGAUGCUGAGCAUACCUUGAAUGAGUGCAGGGCUUUCAGGAAGAAAUCCGUUCGUGACCGGAAAUUAUUCCUCAGAGAACAUAACUUGUGUUACAGAUGUUGCGGAUCAGACACGCAUACGUUCAAGACCUGCCGCACAGAUAUAAGAUGCGAGGAAUGUGAAAGUUCACAGCACCCUACAGCUCUUCAUCCACCUGAAAGCCAGAGACAGAAUGGCGGGGAGGGAGCAAACAUCCUCUCUAAGUGCACGGCGGUGUGUGGUGAACAGUUUACUGGACGUUCGUGUGCAAAGGCUGUACUUGUGGACGUAUAUCCGAAAGGAACCCCUUCACAACGUUUACGCAUCUAUGCUCUGAUUGAUGACCAGAGCAACACAACACUCGCAAGAUCAGAACUGUUUGACUUUAUGAAUGUGCCUCACUCACAGACACAUUUCUUUACACUUACCUCAUGUGCGGGCCGCAUACAGACGAAUGGUCGUAGGAUAUCAGGUCUGAUGGUAGCAACGACUGAUGGUUCUGUUGUGAUGGAACUGCCUACCAUUACAGAAUGUAAUGAAAUUCCCAAUGAGAAACAUGAAAUACCGACCCUUGAUGUAGUGAAACAUCACCCACAUCUUCAAGACCUACCUUUAGCUCCUAUGAAUCCACAAGCGGAAAUUCUACUACUCAUAGGACGUGACCUACUGGAGGCCCAUUAUGUGCUGUCUCAGAGACUUGGACCUAAGAACUCACCCUUUGCGUUGCAGCUGAAACUAGGUUGGGUCGUCAUUGGAGAUGUAUGUAUCAACAAGUCGCAUAAACCAUCGACUAUCAAUGUGCUCAAGACUAACAUAGUUACCUGUGAACGUCAGUCGAUUUUUCAACCCUGUCCUAACAGUUUCCAUCUAAAGGAGGACAUCGCAUCCUGUCGAGACGAUGUUGGGUUCCACAUUUUCGAGCGGAACAGGGAUGAUGACGAAGUUGGGAUCUCUGUUGAAGAUCGCCAAUUCCUCAGGAUUAUGGACAAUGAGUUUGUGAAAGAUGAAGACGGAAGAUGGAAAGCUCCACUCCCUUUUAAGCUUCGUAGACCGCAGUUAGGGAACAACAGAAGUCAAGCGUUAAAGCGUGCGCUGAUGCUAGACAGGGAUUUGAAGCGGAACCCUAUAAAGAGGGAGCACAUGAUCACGUUUAUGAAAUCAAUCACGGAAAGUGACGCUUUAGAGAUUGCACCACCUGUUCCUCCAGGAAAAGAGUGCUGGUUUUUACCUCUUUUUGGAGUGUAUCAUCCACGAAAACCAGACAAAAUACGUGGAGUUUUCGACUCAUCAGUGAGUUAUGAAGGUCUCUCUCUCAAUAGUGUCUUACUGUCAGGACCUAAUCUAACGAAUGACUUGCUUGGUAUACUGUUACGUUUCCGUAUGGACAAAGUAGCCAUCAUGGCGGACAUCCAGCAGAUGUUUUACUCAUUCCUUGUUAGUGAAGAGGACAGAGACUUUUUGAGGUUCCUCUGGUACAAGAAUAACGACUCGGAUGAAGAACUUAUUGAGUACCGAAUGAAGGUUCACGUGUUUGGGAACACACCUUCACCGGCAGUGGCCACUUAUGGUCUACGGAAAACAGUAGAGAACGAAGAUAGUGAUGUAAGGAAUUACGUGAUGAAGAACUUUUAUGUGGAUGAUGGUCUUAUCUCCUUGCCCUCUAGUGCAGAAGCCAUUAGAUUGCUAAAGAAGACUCAGGUUGCGUUGAACAAUGCAAGAAUCAGACUCCAUAAAAUUGUGUCAAACGAUGUGGAAGUCAUGGAAGCUUUUCCAUCUGAGGACUUGGAAAAGAACUUAAUGUCACUGGACAUUGGAUCUGAUGAUUUGCCUGUCCAGCACAGUCUAGGCCUGUCAUGGGACAUUAAUUCGGACAGCUUCACAUACAGCACACGCAUUCUAGAGAAACCCUUCACAAAGAGAGGACUUCUUUCUGUUGUCAACAGCUUGUUCGACCCUUUGGGUUUUAUUGCACCCAUAGUGAUACAUGGCAGAAUUCUGUAUAGAGAAGUGGGUGAGUGCAACAGUAGUUGGGAUGAUCCUUUACCUAGUGACCGAGAGGAAGAGUGGACAAGAUGGAAGGACUCCCUCAGCUCUCUAGAAGACUUGCACAUUCCAAGAAUGUUUACGCAGCUUUCCUUAAGCCGUACUCACAUGAGGGAAAUACAUAUAUUCUCGGACGCUUCUGAGAAAGCGAUCUCAGCAGUGGUGUACCUGCGUACAAUCAGCAACUCUGGUGAUGUCCACGUUGGAUUCGUCAUUGGGAAAUCUAAGAUAGCCCCACUUCAGACUACAACUAUCCCGCGUCUUGAACUUUGUGCAGCAGUCUUGGGCACAGAGUUGGCUCAGACAGUGUUCAAACACUUGGAUAUUGACCCAGAUGCAGCGACGUACUACACAGAUAGUAAGGUAGUACUAGGUUACCUGAACAACCAAACUCGCAGAUUUUAUAACUAUGUCUCGAACCGAGUGGCUGUCAUCCACAGACGCUCUAAGCCUUUACAGUGGAAAUUUGUACCAACUGCGCAGAAUCCAGCAGACAUAGGGACUAGAUGUUUGACAUCGGUAGAAGAGCUAGCAGAGAGUGACUGGCUUAGAGGACCACUUUUACUCAGAUCUCCUCAUAGUAAAGAAGAAGUUCUUACCUUUCCUUUGGUCUCUCCUGAAGAAGACCAUAAUGUACGCCCAGAAGUAAGAGUAAAGAAAACGGAAAUAAACACACCAUUUGUGGCAAGAUUUGAAAACUUUUCAACUUGGAAAAGUUUGGUGCGUGCUGUUUAUAAUCUGAAGAAGAUUUGCCGAUUGAAAAGAGGAGCUGCAGAUUCAGCAGCAUUCGAUGUUGAGGUCAUGCAAGAGGCUGAGCAUUUCAUCCUGCAGGAAGUACAAGCUUUCUUUUAUAAGGAAGAGAUCAGAUCUUUGAAAGACGGUAAACCUGUACCCCAUUCAAGCUGCAUUGUGACUUUGAACCCAUUUAUGGACAAACGGGGCAUGGUACGUGUUGGCGGACGUCUCAACCAAUCUAACCUUCCUGUUGAUGAGAAGAACCCAAUAAUCAUCCCUGGAAAAUCUCAUGUUGCAAGAAUUCUUGUGUCCCAUUUCCACAGCAAAGUUUAUCACCAAGGAAGACUUAUCUCAGAAGGUGCAGUGAGGUCCGGUGGGUUCUGGAUCACUGGCUGUAAGACACUUGUGAACUCAGUUAUACACAAGUGCGUUACCUGCAGGAAACUCCGAGGAAAACUGGAACACCAGCGCAUGAGUGACUUACCUGCAGACAGACUGACGCCUGGUCCUCCUUUCUCAGCAGUAGGUGUCGACGUGUUUGGCCCGUGGACUGUAGCCGCGCGCAAGACCAGAGGAGGAUUAUCUCACAACAAAAGAUGGGCGGUACUUUUUACAUGUUUGACUUCAAGGGCCAUUCACAUAGAAGUCAUAGAAGAGAUGAGCUCUUCAUCAUUCAUAAAUGCACUGCGACGUUUUGUGUCUCUACGUGGCCCAGUGAAGGAGAUGCGUUCGGACCGAGGGACCAACUUCUUAGGCGCCCUGGACGCGAUUCAAGCGGAUGCCGUUUAUACAGAGAAACGACCUAUUAAAGAUUACCUUCGCAACAACAGGAUAACAUGGACAUUUAAUCCACCCCAUGCAUCACACAGAGGAGGAUCAUGGGAGAGGAUGAUUGGGAUCUCUCGCAAGAUACUAGACGCCAUGUUGUUGAACCCAAAUGCGAAACAGUUGUCCCAUGAAGUCUUGUGCACAUUCAUGUGUGAAGUGUGUGCAAUCGUGAACUCCCGUCCUAUUUGUUCACUGUCAUGUGAUCCUGACAGUCCUUAUGUCAUCAGUCCGUCAAUGCUACUUACCCAGAAAGGUUUCACAGACAUUCCUCCACAGAUUUGUGGCGACAUAAAGGAAAUCUACAAAGCUCAGUGGAAACAUGUACAACACCUUUCCGAUACCUUUUGGAAGCGUUGGAAGGAUGGAUACUUACAGAAUCUCCAAGCAAGAAGGAAAUGGUGUGAGGAACGUCCUGACGUGAAGGAAGGUGACGUGGUCCUAUUACGUGACAAGGAGUUGCACCGUGGACAGUGGCCGAUGGGUUUGAUUGUGAAGACUUUCGAAAGUGGCAACGGUCAGAAAGUGAGAACAGUUGAAGUUCGGGUGAUCAAAGACGGCAAGGACACAACCUACAUUCGACCAAUAACGGAAUUGGUGCUACUGAUUGACUAACUUGUUCAGUUUAUUAGUGUGCUUUGGUUUGCUCACAUACUGUUUAGAUUUUUGUGUAUAUGAUUUAUAAUUUUGUAUAAUUGUAAUAUCCUUGGGAUAUUAGGCGGGGAGUGUGAUGUUUAAGAAACAUUCUAUGUACGACUUACUGAGUAAACAUUUUUGAGUUUCACAUGUCGGCUGGAGCCGAGCUGUUUUGCUACAGAGCAUUAUGUCGUUUUGUGUGAAGUGUGCAGUGCCAUAGUAUACCAUGUAAAUUGAAACGGAACUUCAUCAAAGACCCACAACAGUGAGACACACUUGAUAGUUUUUCAAUACAGACGCAUUUGCCGUAAAACGAAUCUGACUUCACACCAAUUUUAACAGUAGAGAAACAUCAUUCAAGAGGUUCCGUUCCUUUUCACUGAACGAAAAUUAGGGCUGGAGCUAUGAACCUGAACAUUAACAUUACCGCCUAUGGAAAAUGCAUUAGUGGACUAUACCCAGAUCAAAGACAUAGACAUGUUUGAAUUUUUCAGAUAGAUAGUUUUUCAAUACAGACGCAAUUUGCCGGAACACGAAUCUGACUUCAAACCACGAAAUUUUAACAGGAAAGAGACAAUUUGAUGAGCUUUCAUUCAAGAGGUCCCUCGUUGCUGAACGAAAAUUAGGGCCGGAGCUAUGAACCCUAACGUUAACAUUACCGCCUAUGGAAAAUGCAUUAGUGGACUAUACCCAAUUGUUGCUCAGGGUACAAAUUGAGAUAGAUGGGCAAUACUGUCUGCUUGAUGAGAGUCUGGCUACCGUUUUUCUUUCAGAAGAUGGUGAUCCGGAGACAAAGAGGGCCAUUAGGGAGGCACUUUCAACUAGUCACAAGAAUUCCACUUCCCUAGAUACAUCAACUUCUUCUGGAGCAUCAACUUCGCGUGUAUUUGAGACCAUCCCUUCUUGCUCAGCGUCAUCAGAAUCUGCAUCAUCUGGCCAUUCUACACCCUCCAGUUCUGACUCGCAGAACACAAUGCAUGUUUGGAAGGAAAGUGAAGAACGAUUUUUAAUUGAUUUAAGGCUUCAGAGGGAGGACAAAUUUUCAGGCACAAAAUCUCAUGAUGUUCUUUGGGGAGAAAUAGCAAAUGAAAUGAAAAAAAAUGGCAUACAUGUUUCCAAAACACAACUGAUCAAUAAAUGGAAGGCAUUGAAAAAAAAAUACAAAGAAAUAAAUGAUGAAAAUAACAAAACCGGCAAUAAAAAAUAUUCCUGGAAGUAUUUAGAGCAGUUCAGUGAGGUGUAUGGCAAUAAGGCCUCCACAAAGGUAGCUGUGUCCUUUGACACAGGACGCUCCAGGGAUAAACUUAAAAUCAAUACAGAAUUGGACAAGGAUGAAGAUGUAUCAGCUGCUCCUGAAGAAGAAGAAGAUAAGCAGUCUACAUCAAGUGACACAGGUUCCAAAUCCACAACUCGUGCUAAAACUACGAAAUUAAAAUCAACAAAACGCAAGAUAUCCGAAAGCACCAAAUUAAUUGAGAAUAUCCAGGAACAAAACAGGGAACUUAUGAACUCCAUGAAAACACAACAUGAAGACAAAAUGCGAUGCAUUGAUCGAAUGCUCGAAAUGUUGGAAAAGUCUUUGGACAAAUAAUUAACUCCACAAUGUACACAAUUUUAGGUUUUACUUGAAGUAAACACUUCAUGGUUUUGUGCAAAUUGAACUGUACUAAAAUUUUGAUGAACAUCAAACCAUUCAUUUAUUCUUCCAGUGGUAGUGAUUACUAUGUAAUUCAGAUAUGACAAUUUUUCAAAAUACUGAUGUUAUGGACAUAAGCACUUAACUGAUUUCUCAAAUGAAAAUACAUUUAAAUAGGUUCAACAAGUCAAACAUGUUAGAAAGACUUGUCCUAAUUCAAAUUGUGUCCUGGGCCUCUUUUGUUUUUUGUUUUUGUUUAAAUAUACAUUGUAUUGUUGACAUUUUUCUGUUUUGUUUUAUUUGUUCUUUCACAAAAAGUGAAUAAAAGAUUGACAACACU